CAGAACAUAGAAAACAAACAGUCACUUAAAAACAUUUACAUUAAAAACAAUUUAAAAUAUAGUGGAUUCGAGUCCAUCUAAUUUUAUUGCAUAAAAAUAUAAUUUAAUGAACGUACAAAAAAUGGAAGAGUGUGAGGAGUUCGAACUUUCGCUUUUACAAAAAUGCGGCGAGAUUUUUUGUGAUACUUUGACGGCUUCAGAUGUAAAUGUCAGUUUUCAAUGCACAUUCUGCCGGAAAACUUAUGCGGAAUUAAAUGCAUUUACACAACAUUUGCAAAGUGAACAUUACAAAGCGCCUACACCUACAGAUGAAAUUUCUUCGGAAAGUGAUAGAGAAGAAAACGCGGCAGUAAUCCUAUUUUCUACUGAAGACAAUCUUACCACGGCUGAAGAACAUAUUAACCAAUAUGUAUUGGAUAAAAAUGACGAUACGACAUCUGCGUUGGAAUAUGUUCUGAAAAGUCCGGAAUUGGAAAUGCAUAGUGACCACAAUUCCAAUCAGAGUGCGCACACUGAAUUGGCAGCAACAAAGCGAGAAUAUAUUUGUCCGCAAUGCAACAAAGUGUUCAAGGAAGCCUGCGAUUUGAAGCAGCAUUUAAGUACACAUGAUAGCAUGAAGCCUUAUAAAUGCGAAUACUGCCCAGCAUCUUACGUUUAUAAAUCGAAUCUUACAACUCAUAAAAGAUGCCAUGAGAGCAAUGGAACCUAUAAGUGCCACGAGAGAGAAAGACAGAAAGGGCGAAAAACGUGCCUUUUUUGUGCGAAGAUAUUUACUUCUACUAGCAAUCGACGCCGUCAUGAACGCAUUCAUACUGGCGAACGUCCGUUUGUAUGCGAAUUCUGUGGUAGAAGUUUUUCUUCUUCAUCUGACUUAAUUAGUCAUCGUAGUAGCCAGCACUUAAAAGAACGAAAUUUUGUUUGUGAUAUAUGUGAUAAACGUUUUAACAGACGUAGUCAACUGAACAUUCAUAAAGCAAAUGUUCAUUCUGAAAAACCGCCUACUCAUAUCUGUACAAAAUGUGGAGCGGCCUUCCAAAAGAUACACGAUUUAAAAACCCAUGUUAAUGUUCAUAAAGAAAGAGCCUAUAAAUGUUUAGAGUGUGAUAAAUUGUUCGCUCAUCCCUCUGGUUUGUAUGCUCAUCGAAAAAUACAUCGGAAAAGAGAAGCCAAGCUGGAAGACAUUUGACAUGACUUAUUCGUUUAAUUUACAAUAUUUCAUAUUAAUAUAUGCAAACAGAGGAACGAUUUUAAAAAAUCGCACAUGUCCUUUCGAUUCAAUAUGGGUGAAUCUAACGAAAUACCUAAUUUGAGAAUUAUCAUAGCAAAAGUAUUCGAUAGAAGGCCGAAUAAUUUAAGUAUUAAAACUGAAAGUAGAGCUUAUAAGCAUCGCUAUAUGUCAAUAUGUCAACAAUAAUAUGCUUCAAUAACUCGCAGUACCAAGAAAAGUAUUUUGCUGCUCCUUCAAGAGUGAACCGAUGAAUCAGUCAAAUGAAGGUUUUCAAAAUGCGCAUCGGUUUCCGCAGUGAACGCGCUGUUAGGGCUACAUUUUUUCCCUGUAGCAUUAUUUCGAGAUUUACGGUAUACGGUAGAUGCGGCAACAAGUCGCACUUUAAUUCAUACAAAUUUGCCAUUGUACCGCUUCGACUUGGGAUACAGUAAAUAAUGCGGAGUAGUGAAGACAUUUUAAUAUGUCUUUACGAUGUAAGCUUUCUCUUGCAACUUUGUUUUUUGGUUAUCGAGAAUAACUACCAGCAUUGUUUUCAAUUGCUCUGGUGGCACCAUCUCCUUUAGGCGUCAAUGUACGCCCCCGUUUAAAAUCAGAAAAUCGUCUCAAAAAAGAAUUGCGUUGCAGUGAAAGUGGCAUAACGGUAAAGCGAUGAAGCGAAUGAAUAAAAAAACCUGAAAUUUUGACAACUUGGCCCGAUGUGUUAUUGCAAUAUCUUCUAAAUCGAUUCAUUUUUAAAGAUUCUUAUUGGUGGCGUGGAUUCAUGUAAACCCGUAAAGGGCAAAUGUACAAAAUGAAUUAAAGAAAUUAAUAAUAAUAGCAAAGGUAAGGAGAGAUAUAGGUCCCAAGGUCACUUGGACUUCGUUCUAAGCACUUUCAACAAAAUAAUAGAAAAGAAGGAAAUUGUUUAUAGGUUU